AUUAAUUUGGAGCAUGCGACGCGAACAAAAGGCCAUUCUACAUUGGUCGUAUCGUAGCGUCGGAAGCGUUGUAAGCAUGUGACUUUAAAAUUGAAGCAUCGAAUUGGCUGAAGCAACAAGCUUGCGGCAUCUACGAUACAACUAAUGUAGAAUGGUCUUUAGGAUUCACACUACGUACGACAUCCGUCAUACAAUAUCUGUAUGUACAAUAUUUAUCAUUACGAUGAAUGUCGAACGUCGUGUGACGGAUGUCGUACAUAGUGUGAACCCUACAUUUCAAGUACACUGGAUUCAUUUGGAGCGACCCCGAGCAACUCCUGAGAGACAAAACGAACAAUACUAUCGUAAGGAUGGAGGAAACCUCCACGAAGGAUUUCUCGAUUCUCCAAGGCCUCCUUGUUUCAUAAACAGAUUUCAAGUUUCCCUUCCCGAAGGAAAGAAUAUUUUAAGGAUUUUAAUAACCUACUGAAGACAGUGUAAGAAAUUCACUAGAUACCCACACACAACAGAGAUACCAACAGCAUCAGGGCUGCAUGGCUCAGUGGCAGAACGAAAGUCUACUAACUCGGAGGAGAGAACAGGCCUCAACAGGCCUGGGAUCGAGACGAGGAGAGUUCUGAUAUUUUUCUUUGUUGUUGUCAAUUGUUUAUAGUAGCAUGUCAUAAUACAUAGUAUAUGCAAACCUAAUAUCGUGAAUUACGAAUAAAGGUUAUAAAGGCAUUGUUAAAUAAAGUCGUGAUUAAGCAUUUUGCAACAAUAAUGGAAAAAAUAAAACUAAUAGCGAAUUC